AGGUACUCCAAUAACGAGUGAUAUAGCUAUACCCUCUGCUAUCUAUAGCAGCACAAGGUGAAAUUCAUUUACAUGCGAUGUGAUAGUCUCCGAUUGGCUCAUAUGGCUCCAGGGCUGAUAGAACCACACGUGACUGAAUUUCAUCUUGUGCCCGCACUGUACUGUGUAGUAUUCCAUUGUUAUCGCCGGAGUCUCAUAAAUGACGACAAAGACGUAUACAACAUCGAGAAGAAUGAGAAUAAUGACCCAAGGCCGUGGAGCAGACCAAUGGAAGGCCCCCGAACUGACCUCCCCGACCAUAGAAGUGUGCUUGCGGUACAAUCUUUUGUGCUCGACAGGCCUGCUCACGCUUGAUCAACCUCGGCGGGCUUUUUCUUGUAACGACCGAAGACCAUAAGAAAUACAGGAUCAGAGGUAGAAGACAUCCGUGAAGCUGGUUGUGGCGAACGGAAAGCAUAUCAGCGGGGCGCGUGGCGAGUGAUCCAAGUGCUCUCCGUGGUCCUGGAGCGCAUAAGGCGGC